AUGCUCACUCGAGUGAAAUCUGCCGUGGCCAAUUUCAUGGGCGGCAUCAUGGCUGGCAGCUCAGGCUCCGAGCACGGCGGCGGCGGCUGCGGAAGCUCGGACCUGCCACUGCGCUUCCCCUACGGGCGGCCAGAGUUCCUGGGGCUGUCUCAGGACGAGGUGGAGUGCAGCGCCGACCACAUCGCCCGCCCCAUCCUCAUCCUCAAGGAGACCCGGCGGCUGCCCUGGGCCACUGGCUACGCAGAGGUUAUCAAUGCUGGAAAGAGCACACACAAUGAAGACCAAGCCAGCUGUGAGGUACUCACUGUGAAGAAGAAAGCAGGGGCCAUUACCUCAACCCCAAACAGAAACUCAUCUAAGAGACGGUCCUCCCUUCCCAACGGGGAGGGGCUGCAACUAAAGGAGAACUCGGAAUCAGAAGGCGUUUCCUGCCACUACUGGUCGCUGUUUGAUGGUCACGCGGGAUCAGGGGCCGCCGUGGUUGCAUCUCGACUGCUGCAGUACCACAUCACACAGCAGCUGCAGGACAUCGUGGAGAUUCUCAAGAACUCUGCGGUCCUUCCCCCGACCUGCCUGGGGGAGGAGCCGGAGAACACACCCGCCAACAGCCGGACUCUGACGCGGGCCGCGUCCCUCCGUGGUGGGGUGGGAGCCCCGGGCUCCCCUAGCACGCCACCCACUCGCUUCUUUACGGAGAAAAAGAUUCCACACGAGUGCCUAGUUAUCGGGGCCCUUGAAAGUGCAUUCAAGGAAAUGGACCUACAAAUAGAACAAGAGAGGAGUUCAUAUAACAUAUCUGGCGGCUGCACAGCACUCAUCGUGAUUUGCCUUUUGGGGAAGUUAUAUGUGGCCAAUGCUGGGGACAGCAGGGCCAUAAUCAUCAAAAGUGGAGAAAUCAUCCCCAUGUCUUCAGAGUUCACCCCCGAGACUGAGCGCCAACGACUUCAGUACCUGGCAUUCAUGCAGCCUCACUUGCUGGGAAAUGAGUUCACACAUUUGGAGUUUCCAAGGAGAGUGCAAAGAAAAGAACUUGGAAAGAAGAUGCUCUACAGGGACUUUAAUAUGACGGGCUGGGCAUACAAAACCAUUGAGGAUGAUGACUUGAAGUUUCCCCUUAUAUAUGGAGAAGGCAAGAAGGCCCGAGUAAUGGCAACUAUUGGAGUCACCAGAGGACUUGGGGACCACGACCUGAAGGUGCAUGACUCCAACAUCUACAUAAAACCAUUCCUGUCUUCAGCUCCAGAGGUAAGAAUCUAUGAUCUCUCCAAAUAUGAGCAUGGAGCAGAUGAUGUGCUGAUCUUGGCCACUGAUGGACUCUGGGAUGUUUUAUCAAAUGAAGAAGUGGCAGAAGCUAUCACCCAGUUUCUUCCUAACUGUGAUCCAGAUGACCCUCACAGGUACACACUGGCAGCUCAGGACCUGGUGAUGCGUGCCCGAGGUGUCCUGAAGGACAGAGGAUGGCGAAUAUCUAAUGACCGACUGGGCUCAGGGGACGACAUUUCUGUAUAUGUCAUUCCUUUAAUACAUGGAAACAAACUGUCAUGA